CGGCAAUUGUCAAAUCGUGCAGACCAUUUACCUGCCAGAUCUGAGACUCCUAUCGUCAGCCAUGGCGUGCGGGCGUCCAAUAAUGGGGGAAGGCACGAAUUGCCUCAACCCCUCUCUCCUUGUUGUGUCGAGGAUCAUAGUUCAUAAUCCGAGGUGAAGAUAUCGCCACCGUUUUGGACAGGAGACGGACAUCCAUUGCCGUACCAUUCUCAUCGAGUAUAUCACAUCAAGCUCCUUUGGUUUCUUCGCUCCGUCGAGUAGCCCAGUUCAUUCCUUCAACGAGCAGCGCAAGUCCUCCAAGGCAUCCUGCAUCCAGCCAAAAUGCCUGUCGCAAUUACCCCUCCACCGUCGCCUAUGAAGUCGGGCAUUGAGAUUGCUAUAGACCGAGGAGGGACGUUUACAGAUUGCAUUGCGACGAACAUUCCCGGGAGGGAAGACAUUGUGGUGAAGCUGCUCAGCGUUGACCCCACCAAUUAUGAUGAUGCUCCAACGGAAGGGAUCAGGAGAAUUUUGGAGCAAGUUACAGGCAAGAAGCUUGUCAGGGGAGAGCCAAUCGACACCGCCAUGAUUGCUUCUAUCAAAAUGGGAACAACCGUUGCCACCAAUGCACUUUUAGAGAGGUCUGCAGAUUCGUGUGCUCUCAUUGUCUCAAAGGGUCACGCAGAUCUCCUGAGGAUAGGAGAUCAAACGAGACCAAAAUUGUUUGAUUUUAAUAUCCGACGAGCAGCUCCCUUAUUCUCUGAAGUUCUAGAAGUCGAUGAGCGAGUCACUCCUGAGGAGUAUACUGAGGAUCCGAAUCCUAAAUCAGCAGCUGAGCUGGACUCGCUUGUUGACGAUGUUCAAGUGGUCAAAGGCGUUGGUGGAGAAUUAAUCAGAAUUCUGAAGCCUCUCGACGCAGAAAAGGCGCGAGCGGAUUUGCAAGAAUUGUACGAUAUCGGAGUCAGAUCACUAGCAGUAGUGCUCCUCCACUCGUACACAUUUCCGGAACAUGAACUUUUGAUUGGUAAAAUUGCCAAUGAAAUUGGCUUCACUCAGAUCUCGCUUUCAUCCCAACUUUUGCCCAUGAUCAAAGCUGUAUCUCGUGGUCAUUCGGCGGCCGCGGAUGCGUAUCUGUCUCCCGUGGUCCGAAAUUAUAUCGACGGAUUCAGAGCGGGCUUCAUUGGAAAGCUAGAAGAUAGCGAGCAAGGAGCACGUUGCGAGUUCAUGCAGUCUGAUGGAGGUCUUGUCGGCUGGCAAAGAUUCAACGGACUAAGAGCAAUCUUGUCAGGUCCUGCAGGCGGUGUCGUUGGUUUUAGCCGCACUUGUUACGAUGAAGAGGACAAGACUCCUUGCAUUGGUUUCGAUAUGGGAGGAACAUCGACUGAUGUCAGUCGUUAUGGUGGACUUUUGACGCAUACCCUCGAGAAUGUGAUUGCAGGUAUCACAAUACAGACUCCGCAACUAGAUAUCACUACUGUGGCAGCAGGUGGUGGAAGUAUUUUGACUUAUCGCAAUGGUCUCUUCAAUGCCGGACCUCAAUCAGCUGGAGCAUAUCCAGGACCAGCGUGUUACAGAAAGGGUGGCCCGUUGACAGUCACAGAUGCUAAUCUAGUCCUUGGCCGCUUAUCACCUGAGCACUUCCCCAAGAUCUUCGGUCCCAAUGAGAACGAGCCUUUAGAUCUCGACGCUUCGCGAGCGGCAUUUGAAAAUCUCACUGAAACCAUCAAUGAGGAUUUGAAGUCCUCAAGUGGAAGGUCACUCUCUGUGGAAGAAGUCUGCCUAGGAUUUUUGAAUGUGGCCAACGAAUCGAUGUGUCGCCCAAUUCGACAAAUCACCGAAUCGAAAGGCUACAAUACUGGUGACCAUAACCUCGCGAGUUUCGGAGGUGCUGGAGGCCAGCAUGCUUGCGCUAUUGCAGACCGACUCAACAUCAAGAGAGUGUUGGUCCACAAGCAUGCCAGUAUUUUGAGCGCUUACGGUAUGGCAUUGGCCGACACCGUGCAAGAAAAACAUGAGCCUUGUUCAUGCGAUUACUACUCGUCGGUGGACGAAGUUGAGUUUAGGUUGGCAAACUUGCAGGACCAAGUCACCAAAGAGCUCAAAUUAGAGGGCUUCAAUCCCGACCAGAUGAUUUACGAACGAUAUGUCAAUUUGAGAUAUGCUGGCUCCGACACGAUCAUCAUGAUUCUGCAGCCUGAUGAUGGGGAUUAUGCAGCUGCCUUCGUCAAAGAGCAUCAACGUGAAUUUUCUUUCACUCUUCCAAACAGGAGAGUCUUGGUAGAGAAUUUGCGAGUCCGAGGUCGUGCUAAUGCAGGGACUCAACUAGCAAAAAAGAAGUCCAUCAGCAACGAAUUAGCCUCCAUCCCCCAAUCAACUGUUUCCGCUUACAAACAGAAGACUCUCCUAGUAUACUUCGAAAGUGGCUGGAUAGAUGCUCCUCUUUUCGUAUUGAAAGACCGUAUCCCUGGCGACACGAUUCCUGGACCGGCAAUGAUCUAUGACGAAACUCAGAUGAUUGUGGUCCAACCUGGAGCCAUUGCCAGGAUUCUACAAUCACACGUCGUGAUUGAUCUCGCAUCUGACAAAGUCUCAGCAGUACCCGGUGAGACCACAGAUGAUGAUCCAUUGACCGAGGAUCCAAUUCAACUGUCAAUCAUGUCAAAUCGCUUUAUGGGCAUUGCUGAGCAGAUGGGUCUUACUCUCCAAAAAACAAGUGUCUCAGUCAACAUCAAAGAGCGACUUGAUUUCUCGUGUGCCCUGUUUGGUCCGGACGGCGGUCUGGUUGCAAAUGCACCUCACGUUCCCGUUCAUUUGGGUAGUAUGGAGCACGCUGUUCGGUUCCAGCAUAACCUUCAUUCCAAGAAUUUGCGGCCAGGAGAUGUUCUAGUGUCUAACACACCCCUCGCUGGAGGUACUCACUUACCAGACAUUACUGUCAUCACUCCAAUCUUCGACCAGGAAGGAAAGAACAUCAGCUUCUACACGGCUUCCAGAGGCCAUCACGCAGAAAUUGGCGGCAUCCUUCCAGGUUCUAUGCCUGCGAGCAGCACUAGGCUCUACGAAGAAGGUGCACAGAUUACUUCUAUGUUUCUCGUCCGAGAUGGCGUUUUCUUUGAAGAAGAUAUCACGAAAGUUCUUGUCGAAGAAACAGGCUCUCAUCCAGGAUGCAGCGGAACAAGAAGUUUAAAUGACAACCUCAACGACUUGAAAGCACAAAUCGCAGCGAACGCAAAGGGGGCUAAUCUUGUACAAACUCUGAUCGAGGAAAGUGGACUUAAGACCGUCCACUUCUACAUGAACGCAAUCAAGAAAAAUGCAGCAACAGCAGUCCGAGCCUACCUCCAAAAAACCUACACAAAGUUCAACGGCCAGCCCCUAACAGCCAUCGACCACAUGGACGACGGCACCCCGCUCGCUCUUAAAAUAACAAUCGACCCCACCAGCUCGGCCGUCUUCGAUUUCACCGGCACUGGUCUGGAAGGUUUACACUGUUUCAACGCCCCAUCCGCGAUCUCGAAAUCGGCCACCAUGUACGUCUUGCGCUGCCUGAUCAACGAGGAUAUCCCCUUAAACGAAGGCUGUCUCCUACCCAUCAAAUUCAUUAUCCCCGAAGGCACGAUCUUGAAUCCCAGCGGUCAGGCAGCCGUCUGUGCAGGCAAUCCAAUCACGAGUCAGAGAGUGACGGAUGUCCUAAUCAAAGCAUUCCAAGCUUGUGCUGCCUCGCAAGGUGACUGCAACGUCUUCUCCUUCGGUUUCGGAGGUAAGGACCUCGAGACUGGUAAUGAAGUCAAAGGGUUUGGGUUCGGAGAAACUAUCUGUGGGGGAUCAGGAGCUGGUGAGAACUGGCAUGGGACCUCGGGUGUUCAUAUUCAUAUGACGAAUACCCGAAUCACCGACCCUGAGGUGCUGGAGAAGAGGUAUCCGUGUAUCUUGAACAGAUUUGUGAUCAGACCGGGUAGUGGUGGGCAAGGUUCAUUCAAUGGUGGGAAUGGGAUCGUGAGAGAGUAUGAAUUUAGAAGGGCGUUGAGUGCUAGUAUUGUCAGUGAGAGGAGGGUUUAUCAACCAUUUGGGAUGGCAGGUGGUGCGCCGGGAGAGAGUGGAAAGAAUUCCUUGGUUGAGCAGCUUGGAGAUGGGAAGGAGAGAUGGGUCAACGUUGGAGGAAGGAAGGACUUUAAGGUUGGAAAGGGGGACAAGGUGAUUAUUGAGACGCCUGGUGGUGGUGGAUGGGGUGUGCCUGGAGACGAGAAGGUGCAAGUUGUGAGGACGGAGCCGGAAGAGAGCGUGACGGGGUAUGUGAACUCGUUCCUGAUGAGACAGGAGCAGAGUAAUUGACGGCUUUUAUUUUGGUUUGGGAUAGGACAGCUUGGCUCGGGUUGGAAUGGGGUUGUCGGCUCUUUGGUUUCAUAGAUUUCUGUUCCGACAUCAAAUAUACCUACC